UCCAGCCAUCUUGCGGCGGCUGUAGAUGAUCCGCCCUGCGGGUUGCGGAAGCGGUGACCCAGCUGGGCCUGCUGCUGCUUUAGUGAGAGGAAACGCGCCGCUAAUGCAAAACUGGAGCUGUAACAAGCACUGGGCACGGCAGUGGGACUAGAGACGCCAUCACCAUGUACUCGGAGUGGCGGACGCUGCACCUUGUUAUAAAGAAUGACCAAGGUCACACCAGUGUACUGCACAGCUAUCCGGAAAAUGUGGGCCGAGACGUUGCAAACGCUGUGGUCCGUCCACUCGGACAGGCACUCAACGCCCCCUCCACUGCUGGAUGUGAGAGCAUACUGAAAACCGACAAGCAGGUGAAAUGGACCAUGGAGGUGAUCUGUUAUGGCCUGACGCUACCACUAGAGGGGGACACAGUGAAAUACUGCGUGGACGUGUACACCGACUGGGUCAUGGCCCUGGUUUCUCCUAAAGAUACCAUUCCCCAGCCUGUAGUGAGGGAACCGAACAAGUACAUCCAGAUCAUUCUCAAGCACCUGCAGAAUGUCUUUGUACCCAGGCAGGAACAGAUGGGCAACCAGAUCAGACUGUGCCUGCAGGUGUUGCGUUCUGUCCAGAAGCUGGCACGAGACUCUACCAGCAUGGCCCGGGAAACCUGGGAGGUUCUCCUGCUUUUUCUUCUACAGAUCAAUGACACGCUCCUCGCUGCUCCAACUGUCUCAGGUGGUAUUGCAGAAAGUUUGGCGGACAAGCUAAUUGGGGUUCUGUUUGAAGUCUGGUUAUUGGCCUGUACUCGCUGCUUCCCAACACCACCCUACUGGAAGACAGCCAAAGAAAUGGUGGCCAACUGGAGACACCACCCAGCUGUGGUAGAGCAGUGGAGUAAGGCGAUCUGUGCCCUGACAUCUAGGUUGUUACGGUUCACAUAUGGGCCUUCAUUUCCCCCGUUCAAAGUUCCAGAGGAAGAUGCCAGCUUGAUCCCCGCUGAAAUGGAUAAUGAAUGUGUGACCCAAACCUGGUUCAGAUUUCUCCACAUGCUAAGUAACCCUGUGGACCUCAGCAACCCAAGUAUUAUCGGCACAACUCCAAAGUUUCAGGAACAGUUUCUAAAUGUGAGCGGGGUGCCCACCCAGGAGCUCAACCAGUACUCCUGUCUCAAACAGCUGCCUCAGAUCUUCUUCCGUGCCAUGCGUGGGGUUAGCUGUUUAGUGGAUGCUUUUCUAGGAGUUGCAGUCUUUAAGAACAUUGGGUUGGAAAGAUUACCAAAAUAUGGCAUCUCUCGCCCCAGGGCUGACAGUGCUCCACCAACGCCAGUGAACAGGCUCAGUAUGCCCCAGACGACAGCGACCAACACUACUCCUCCGCAUAACCGGAGGCACCGUACUGUCACAGUGAAUAAAACCACAGUGAAAAGUAGCUCAGUAAACACAACACACAGCACAAAGGUUCAGCAGCAAGCGUCUUCCACCUCUCCGCUGUCCAGCCCAAACCAAACAAACUCCGAGCCUCGUCCAUUGCCAGCCCCCACAAGGCCCAAAGUCAACAGCAUCUUGAAUCUCUUUGGCUCCUGGCUGCUUGAUGCCGCCCUUGUUCACUGCAAGCUGCAGAAUGGAGUUAACCGAGACAGCAGCAUGACAGCAUCUUUUAUCCAAAUUCUCCUUUCUUAUAAAUCUUCAAUGGCUACCCAGGCCACUGUGGAGUUGCGGCGUAAAGGUUCCCAGUUAUCCACAGACACUAUGGGGUCAAGCACAGUGUUUGAUGCCAAUGAAUUCCCUGAAAAUUAUGAGGCAGGACGGGCUGAAGCUUGCGGUACCUUAUGUAGGAUUUUCUGCAGCAAGAAGACUGGGGAGGAAAUCCUAUCUGCCUAUCUGUCCAGGUUUUACAUGGUUCUCAUCCAAGGCCUACAGAUAGGAGACUUUAUCUGCCAUCCAGUUCUUGCCAGCAUUAUCCUGAACUCUCCUCCCCUCUUCUGCUCUGACUUGAAGGGCAUUAAUGUGGUGGUUCCAUAUUUCAUUUCUGCGCUGGAAAUCAUUUUACCGGACAGAGAGCUGUCUAAGUUCAAGAGCUAUGUAAACCCUACAGAGCUGAGAAGGUCCAGUAUCCACAUCCUGCUGUCACUACUGCCUUUGCCGCACCAUUUUGGGAUUGUGAAGUCAGAGGUCUUGCUGGAAGGAAAGUUCAGCAAUGAUGACACUGGCAGCGAUAAACCGGUUACUUUCCUGUCACUGAAACUGAGGCUUGUUAAUAUCCUCAUUGGAGCGUUACAGACGGAGACUGAUCCCAACAACACCCAGAUGAUUCUAGGUGCAAUGCUGAACAUUGUUCAAGACUCUGCAUUUUUAGAAGCCACAGGAAACCAGGUGGAGACGAUUGAAAAUAAUGUGAUGAAAAGUCAUAGCCGAACCAACAGCGGGAUCAGCACGGCCAGUGGAGGCAGCACCGAGCCCACAACUCCAGACAGCGAGAGGCCGGCCCAAGCACUUUUGCGAGACUACGGAUAUCCAGCUCUUCAUACAGAUACCGCCGCCGGUCUGCUCAUGCGCAGCAUCCACUUGGUGACUCAGAGACUCAACUCGCAGUGGAGGCCAGACAUGAGCAUCUCGUUGGCUGCCCUGGAGCUUCUCUCUGGUCUUGCCAAGGUGAAGGUCAGCAUUGACUCUGCAGACAGGAAGAGGGCAGUGAGUUCUGUCUGUAUGUACAUUGUGUACCAGUGCUCCCGUCCAGCUCCUCAUCACUCCCGAGACCUGCACUCCAUGAUUGUUGCUGCUUUUCAGUGCCUGUGCGUCUGGCUCACUGAGCAUCCGGAUAUGCUAAAUGAAAAGGACUGCCUGAAGGAAGUGCUUGAGAUUGUGGAGCUGGGAAUAUCUGGCAGCAAGUCCAAAAACCCAGAGCAGCAAGAAGUGCGUUUUAAAGGAGACAAAGAGCACAACCCGGCCUCCAUGAGAGUGAAGGAUGCUGCAGAAGCCACAUUAACCUGUAUUAUGCAGCUCCUUGGGGCGUUCCCCCCUCCUAGUGGUCCAGCGUCUCCAUGCAGUCUAGUGAAUGAGACCACCCUGAUCACUUACUCCCGCCUGCCUACUGUCAGCAAGUACAGCUUCCGUUACUUUGUGCUAGACAACAGCGUCAUACUGGCCAUGCUGGAGCAGCCGCUUGGGAAUGAGCAGAGCAAUCCAAGUCCGUCCAUUACUGUCCUAAUUAGAGGCAUGUCCGGUCGCCAUGCGUGGGCCAUGCAGCUCUGCCACCUACCGCGAGCAGCAAGAGCCAAUCAGAGAAUGUUCAUUCCUGAAAGCAGGCCAGAGCCUAAGAAUGACGUGGGCAUUAAGUACAAUGUAAAGCAUCGUCCGUUUCCUGAAGAAGUGGAUAAGAUCCCUUUUGUUAAGGCAGAUCUUAGUAUUCCCGACUUGCAUGAAAUUGUUACUGAAGAGUUGGAGCUGAGGCAUGAAAAGCUGAAACUUGGAAUGGCCAAACAGAUUACAUAUGAGGCUGGGCUGGAUCAUAUGAAGGAAGAGGAAUUUAAGAAGAAAAGUUACCCUGAUCCUGUGACGGAGUGUAAGCCUCCCCCUCCAGCCCAGGAGUUCCAGACCGCGCGCCUCCUCCUCUCACAUUUUGGGUUCCUCUCUCUUGAAGCACUGAAAGAGCCAGCAAAUAGCCGUCUACCUCCUCACCUUAUUGCACUCGACUCUCACAUUCCUGGGUUCUUUGAUGAUAUUGGAUACUUGGAUUUGCUUCCUUGCCGUCCCUUUGAUACAGUUUUCAUUUUUUAUAUGAAGGCUGGCCAAAAAGCUAGUCAGGAGAUCCUGAAGAAUGUGGAGUCUUCUAGUAAUGUUCAGCCGCAUUUCUUGGAGUUUCUGCUUUCCCUGGGUUGGCCUGUUGAUGUUGGGACGCAUCCAGGUUGGACAGGCCACGUGUCCACAAGUUGGUCAAUUAAUUGCAUCGGAGAGAAUGAACAAGGUCAAGAAGAAACAACUACUUCUGAGGACAGUGGUGGAAGCAUAUUUAAUGGGGAGAAGAAAGUCCUGUACUAUGCAGAUGCCUUGACAGAAAUAGCUUUUGUUGUACCCUCAGCAGUGGAGUCUCAGACAGAUACUUCAGAAAGUAAUGUAUCUGAGCAGGAAAGUGACUCCAACAUGGAUCUUCUGCCGGGAAUAUUAAAGCAGCCUCUAACAUUGGAACUGUUUCCUAACCAUACAGAAAGCUUGAAUUCUACACAAAGGCUCAGUCCCACAUCUAGGACAAGGAAGACUCCACACGGGCGAACAGUUCCCCCACUGGGACCAGAGACCAAGGUGGCUGUUGUAUGGCUGGAGCAGUACGAUGACUUGGAGAACUUCCCACUCUCGGACCUAGCAGCCGAGACCAGCACUGGUAUAGAGACUACAACCAACAGCAGCACUUCCAUCAGGAACAGCACACCUGAGAAGGAGGUUCCUGUAAUAUUCAUACACCCCCUGUACACAGGCUUGUUCCGGGUGAAAGUACAUGGGGCCUCUGGAAAAUUCAAUAUGGUUAUCCCGUUGGUGGAUGGAAUGGUGGUGAGCAGAAGAGCGCUUGGCUUUUUGGUAAGACAAACGGUCAUCAACAUCUGCAGGAGAAAGAGGUUGGAAAGUGACUCCUACAACCCACCACACGUGCGACGGAAGCAGAAAAUCACAGACAUAGUCAACAAGUACAGGAACAGACAGCUCGAGCCAGAGUUUUACACCUCUCUCUUCCAUGAAGUUGGUGUGAAGAGCUGCACUCCUUAAACCAAAAUUCACCCACUCCGUGGGGCCUUGGGGCCAAUGACUAUGGAGCCUUGGGGCCAAUGUUAAAAGGGCCACUCUGGCAAGGUCUGGAAACCAAAAAAUAUGAGCGGAUGCACUGAAUGUGUGCUUAAGGAGGGUCCAUGGCACGAGGGAUUAUAGUCAACGUUGAUGCAGGCAAAAUGAUUAUCAAUUACUGCCUCCUGUAGAUUAUUUUCAUUUAAGCUACACAUGGAUCCUCAACGCAAGAAGUUACCAACAACCAGAAAUCUGGCUCCAGUGCGUAAGCUCAAGGACUUGAGAGAAGAAGGCUGUGGACAGAGGUGUAAAGGGUUUAGCCAUAAAGGUUUAUACAUCCCACCAUUUUGUAGGUGACCACAGCCUAAUAACGUGUUGGUGGUCAGUAAGAAGACCUUAUGCUGAGGUUAGGGGGGAACCUCUUUAUGUAUGCAAUCCUUUAUUCUUCAGUUACAUCACCAAAAGCAUUAAAGACUUUCAGAGGUGUAUGCUUGGACAGUAUGCAGCCUACCUAAAGUGUCUCCUUUAAUCUAAAAUAUCAAAUGUAUUCCGACUUGUUGACCCCUUCCAGUACAUUGCACUUCAUAGACAUGUGGGCAUAAGAUGACCAUUACAUUCUCUAAAACUUAGGUUUUAGCCAUUUGCUCCCAUUUCCAUAGACCUCUAGGCUGCGCCUACAGUAGACGGCCGUAUCAAAUAUGGCCAGAUCUUCAGAUCUGUAUGAAACCACUACUUUGCUGUAUUUGUAUGGUUUUAUAUUCUACGUAUAUUCCCAUUUAUAUGUUAUAUGUACAUUAAGCCCUCUUAAUGAGCAGAUUUUGAUAGAGGGGCAAUCCUCUCUAUAAUAAAGCCUUAGUAUGGGAAUUUUAUAUUAAAACUCACAUGAAGGGUCUUGUCUUUCUGAAAGCUUAUCUUUGUGUUUUAUUACAAAUUGAUAAAGAAGCCUCCCUUUACAGAACUGAUAUCAGUGGAUAUGGUGAUAUUUGAGCCAUAAACAUUUUCUCUCGCACUUUGGGGGGGGGGGGGGGGAGGGAGAUAUGUGGGGCCCCACAAUCCUAUUCAUGUAGUAAAUGCCCACCCUUGAGCACCAUCAUUUUGUUCAUAAAUUUACAAAUGUAUCUUAAGAGCUUUGUUGGAGCUCCAUUUUUCUGAUUAGACACCCACAUCCUCUGCAUAAACAUAUUUAGAACUCUGACUAUUUGCAGCCACCACUAGGGGGAGCCCACUGCAUGCUCUUAUUGAGUUCAAUGGUGGCUGGAAGCAGCAAAUAUACAGUCUACGUCCAAGAUUUGGAGCCUUAAUUCAGAAAAAUGAUGCUCCACACGCAAUGAAGAUAUUAGGGCUUUCCUUUGACAGUUGGGCUCAUCUACUGCCAGAUGAAAAGAAUUUCACUGCAGUUAUUUUUGUCUAUAAUAAUGAUCUAGUUUCAGAGGGUCUUGAUGGCAAUAAGAAUUGUGACUAUGUUUUGAAUCAUCCUCCACCUUCAGAAUACGUCACCCUCCAUCCCACACACGUCUGCCAUCUGUAACGUGCAAUCUCAGUCACGUGGUAACCAACCAAACCCCACCAGUUAAACCCAGAUAAUAUUCGCUGCACCAAGUCCAAGUGGAAUGAUGAGUUUGUGAGUCAGAGGGGCUGGUUCCUCUCUGGUAGUCCAAGCUUAGAGCAUCCUUUAAAUGUACAUAUGUUUUUUUUUCUGUUGAAAUAUCUUUUUUCAAAUAUUGUUUCCUUUGAUCUAUACUAUCACUUGAAUUAUUGCCUUUGUGUGGGGUGUACUAUCUUGGAAAGGACUUGUACAGUUUCCUCUUCUGUGUCUGAUCUCCACUGAUCGAAUGGUUAAUCUGGCUUUCAUGUAGCAGAUUAAAGCCAGCGCCCCCGUUUGCACUCUGAAGCCCAUAUAUAUAGAUUUUUUUUUAUUAUAGAUAUAUCUAUCUUUAUUUGGGAACACAUUGAGUCACUUGGCUUGCACUCACCAAUGCAAGAUGCGUGCACUGUUUUAUCCGAGUUCUUGUAAGUCAUGGACACUGUGGAAAUCUUCCUGGUUACUGUACUCUGUAUAUAGGGCGUAGAGUCACUGUAAAUAGAAAGCUAUGACUCUGGUUAGCAGAUUUCCUGUAACCUUUUUCCUGUUAAGCCACGAAACAUGGUUUCUGUUCAUGCCAGUCGCCUUUCUCUGAAAGGAAUACACAUCUGAUAUUGAAUGUAACACAUUUAGUCAAAUAAAUUUUAAAGGCAAUUAUUUAAA